AAAAUCAUAGGAGGAGGAGAAACAUAAAAGCAGAGUCAAACCUUUGGCGGCUGACAGUCUUUCAGGUGUGAGAAUCCGUCAUCAGUUUCCCCGAAUUCUCAUUGUCUCCAACGAAACCCUAUUUCGUUUUAUCUGGUUUUAAGGUGAUCGAAUUUUGAAAACCUAAACUUGAUGGGUACGCCUAGGGAUUCCUCUUCUAAUCAUCACUCUCCGCGUGGCGGCUCUGGCUCAUCUGGAGAAGCCGUGAACAACGCUCAGUCCCGGCGGAGGAAUAAUCUAUCGUCUCCCUGGACUCGGGUCGUUCAAGGGCAGGCAGAAUCUACGUCGCCUGUUCAGCAUUCUCCGUCUCCGCCGCGAUCGCCAUCAAUAAAUUCUGCGGCACCGGAGCAGUCGUCUUUUUCGGAGAAGGUUAUGUCAUCCUCAUCUUCGCCACCACCGCCUGUGGAUAAUGCAGAGGGUGCCGGUGUUAACAACAAUGCGUCACUGGCAAAGAAGCCGGCUUGGAACAUGCCGUCAAACGGGGUAUUCAUGUCAAACGGGGUAUUGGAGAAUGAGCCAGUUAUGGGAGCUGAAUCGUGGCCCGCUUUAUCGGAAUCUGCUAGGGCUUCGCCAAAAUCAUCAUCAGUUGAAGCUCUUUGGAAGUCGGCUCCUGAUGGAUCAGUCACCAGUUCCGAGGGACCUGUAAUCCCACGUUCACCUCAAAAGCAAACUGCUAGCAGUGCAAAAUCUAAUUCAGCACCAAACCAUACAAUGCCAGCUCGACAAAGAUCUAUGAAGCAUGUCAGUGGGGGCGGUGGUAGCAGCAUGUCAGGGGGUGGAUCUCCGCAGAGCACCUUUGCUCAUCCUCCUGUGCCUCCACCACCGCCUCCACAUCCUUUCCCAUUACCCUCUCAUACGAUACCAGCAGCACCAGAUCAAUCUCCUAUGGAGCAGUAUUACAGGGGAAGUAGUUGGGAAAUGAGACCUAUUGGCGGGUUUGUGCCUCAGCCACGUGUGGUGAAUGACCACAGGAACUACUCUCGUAGGGGCAACUUUGGGCCACGCGGAGAUGGACCCUUGCAUAACAACUAUGGGGGUAGACGACAGGACCGAGGGAACUAUAUGAAUGCUGGAGAUGUUCAUGUUCAGUCGCAAAGAGGUCAGGCCAGGCCACUUGUUAGACCUCCAACUAGUCCUCCUCCAUUUGUUCCUCCACAGAACAUGAGACCCUUGCCAAGCCAUGUGGGCAUUCCAGAUGUAGUAUAUUUUCCUACAAUGCCUGUGGAACCCUUCAGGAGUAUGGGGCCGUAUGUCCCUCAUGGACCGUAUGUCCCUCAUGGACCGUAUCAUGCAAUGUAUAUGCCUGUUCCGGAUCCUCCUUUGCCUUUUAAGUUAGUCACACAGAUUGAUUACUAUUUCAGUGAUGUUAACUUGGAGGGAGAUGACUUCUUAAAGUCCAAUAUGGAUGAUCAAGGCUGGGUUCCCAUAAGCUUAAUAGCGAGCUUUCCGCGUGUAAAGAAUCUGACAAACAAUCUUCAGUUUAUAUUAGAUUCCUUGCGGGGUUCAGCUAUUGUGGAAGUGCAGGAUGACAAAUUGAGGAGGCGCAACAAUUGGAUGAAAUAUGUAACUAACUCUAGUAGAUUUGGCACGGGUUCAACAUCACCACCUGCCACUGGACCAAAUCAGGAUAUGGUUGCAACUUCUCUCGAAAAGCUUAAUUUGUCACGAGAAGCUUCUGAUAGAAAUGAGCUGGGUAAGUCAACCCCUCACUCUGAGGAUGCUGCAGGAAGACAUUUGCCGGGGUUGACUGGCUCAUCUAAGCUCUCCAAUGGGGAGGUUACUGAAGACAUGAAUUCAAGCCAGAACUAGUUUAUGUCGCCACCAAAUCUGUGCGCACAUCUUUGGAGACAUUGUCCUUUCUGAAGGUAGGGGAAUGAUGAAGGUGAGAACCGCCUUUUCUUUUAUUUUCUUCGUCCACUGUGCCCGUUUUGGUAGCAAUAUGGUGAGGCACAUAGAGGGAAACAGAAUAAGGAAAGUUAAUAUAUCAAUUUUAUGAAGAGAUUAAAAAAAAAAAAAAAAAGAGAAAGAAGAGCCUCGGUUGUUGACUCGGGUGAAUUAUAAGGUUUCUGAUUGUACAGCUUUUUAUUUUGUUUUUGUGUUUUAUCCCUUAUUUGAUGUUCUUUUGAUGGGAUGGGAGAGUAACAUUGAAGAUGGUAAAAUUGGGCUGAUAAUCCUUUCAGCUAAGCAAUGUUCUAUUAUUUAUCCAGGUUCUUAGA